UUGCAUUAUUGCAAAACGUGGCAGGGUAGAGCUGCCCAGCCUUCGCCGCUGCUGCUCAUUUGUAAUGCUGCCUUGAGGAGAUGAGAGCGAACUGUUGCAGCAGCUCAGUCCACCCUGCCAACGGUUCGGAGGAGGAGCUGCCAGUGGGGCUGCAGGCACAUGGCGACCUGGGACUUGUUUUCACAGUGGCAUCCGCUGUGAUGAUGGGCCUGCUCAUGUUCUCCUUUGGAUGCUCCGUGGAGAUCCGGAAGCUCUGGUUGCACAUCCGGAGACCCUGGGGCAUCGCCGUGGGACUGCUCUGCCAGUUUGGGCUCAUGCCUCUUAUAGCCUAUCUGCUGGCUGUCAGCUUUACUCUGAAGCCGGUCCAAGCCAUUGCUGUUCUCAUCAUGGGGUGCUGCCCAGGGGGAACCAUCUCUAACAUCUUCACCUUCUGGGUUGAUGGAGACAUGGACCUCAGCAUCAGCAUGACAACCUGUUCCACAGUGGCUGCCCUGGGGAUGAUGCCACUCUGCCUGUAUCUCUACACCUGGUCCUGGAACCUGGCGCAGAACCUCAGAAUUCCGUAUCAGAACAUAGGAAUCACCCUAGGGUGCCUGAUCAUCCCCGUGGCCUUCGGAAUCUAUGUGAAUUUCAAGUGGCCCAAGCAAUCCAAAAUCAUUCUCAAGGUUGGGGCCGUUGUCGGGGCACUGCUCCUUCUGCUGGUCGCGGUCGCUGGAUUGGUGCUGGCACAGGGGUCUUGGCAUUCAGACACCACCCUUCUGACCAUCAGUUUCGUCUUCCCUUUCGUCGGCCAUGUCGCGGGCUUUCUGCUGGCUCUCCUCACACGCCAGUCUUGGCAAAGGUGCAGGACGAUUUCCUUGGAAACGGGAGCUCAAAAUAUUCAGAUGUGCAUCACCAUGCUCCAGCUGUCUUUCACUGCUGAGUACUUGGUCCAGAUGUUUAGCUUCCCAUUGGCCUAUGGACUCUUCCAGCUGUUGGAUGGAUUUCUCAUAGUUGCAGCCUAUCAGACCUAUAAGAGGAGACUGAAGAACAAGCAGAGGAGGAGGGAGCCGGAGCACGUUGAAGGCUGCCCCAAGCAGAGAUCCACGUCUCCCAAAGAGACCAGAGCCUUCUUGGAGGUGAAUGAAGAAGCCGCUGGAGCUCCGGGGCCGUCAGGGCCAACGGAUGGCCACGUGGCCUCCGGGGAACAGUGUGCACCUGCGGGCCUGGCUGCUCCGCUGUCUCCGGCGGCCAGUAAAGGCGGGGCCGGGCUGAGGCACGAAUCUCACUGGUAGGGCCGUGAGCCCCGUCAGUGCGCACGUCUGAGCCUGGUGCGGAUCGUGCGUGGCGAUGGGAUCCCUUGUCAAGGAAGUUCUUUAGGAGGUUCGCACACCCGGCAGCACCGUGCGUCGCGGCGCGAAGCCGGCCUCAUGCUGUGGAUUUACUUGGAGAACAGGAGUCAGGACUCUGCAGGAGAGGCCGGGCGCGGCGGGUCCUUUGGAGCACCCGGGAGGACGCACAGAGCUUUUAAUGCGGAGUGAGGCCCCUCUCGCCAAGGAGUGCUAUCUGUAGAGGAAUCGGAACCCCUUGAUCAUAGAGCUGUAAUACAAGCUGAGAGGGCAUCGGCAGAGCGCCUGAGGUUAAGCAGCCAACGCCUUGCAUUUCCACUCGCUGGAGAGUGGCCUGCUCGGGAUCAGUUGAAAACCACGGAGGUGUAUGAGUGGCGUUUGCAGGCGUCUUGGUGACAUGCUGUAUAGAGGGCAGCUUUGUGCGUCAGUCUGCACUGAUCUACCUCACUCUUUCAGACAGUGGCUGCCCAAAAUACUGCACGGGCCGCCGGGGCUGACAUUGAAGCAGCCUGUCAUCGCGGCGUUCAGACAGCUCGCCCUGCACCAGUGGAAGCGGGCAGCGGCUUCCACAGCUGUACCGGUUGGUGUUGUCCGUGUCUUCCCAUGCAGUCCACCAGCCUGGCGGUGGGUAAAAGCCAUCUUCCUCUCUUGCGACAUCAUUAAAGAUGUUUUCCUGUAACUUU